UGAUCAUGCUAGAUUUUUCUUGUUUAGCUCUCACCAAGUUAUUAUUACUUCUUUUUUAAGUAAAGAACUGAAGAGAAAACUUAGCUUAUUAUUACUAUUUGUAUAGCUCUUUGAAAGGUUUUGAUUAUCUUACUUGAGAGUUUUGUAAAUUGUUGUCGUUGUCGUCGUCGUCGUCGUCAUUAUUAUUAUGGCUUGUUUGCCUUGUGCCAUUGAAAUGGAGCCUAAGACCUUGAAUGAAGGACAGAUCAACCAUGCUAGGGCAGUAGCAAUACAAUUGAUGGAGCCAGAAAGAGCCUCCGAUAUCUUCGUUCAGGGAUUAAGAGAGGUGGAAUCUUUGGAGGGAAUUGAGCAAAUCAUUAAAGAGGAUGAAGUAAUUACAAAACUUGGUAAUAGUAGGGUUGAUGAUUGCAGCAAGGAUGAAAAGAAUAAAAAUGAAAGCUCACACCAUUGCUUAUGCACCACUAUUCUCAUUAAUUCACCUGAUGAACUUACUCGAAGGGAACCCGUUACAGCUCCAUUUUAGACUCUUAUAGCAUACAAGUAUUUUUGUAUAAGGGGUAGGGUAUUGGUUUCCGUAUCUUAAGGGUAACUAUUUACACCCAUUUAGGCCGUAAUUACCCUGCUCAACGCUAAAGUAUGGUAACAGAUUAUGUUAUCUUUCGAAACACUACACUUGUAAGUGUUACCUUUUCAUGGUGUAACUAUACACCUAAUAAGAGUAACUAUUGUUACCGUUUC